CAUAAUAAUCAAUAGCUCAAGUAAGCCAUGAGCUUCCACUCUGCUCAUUGUUUAGUUCCUAAAGAUGCCAUGCUUUUGUCAGUUCUUCAACAAAUCCAAACAACAUCGUACUGUGACCGGUGCCGAUGGCGCGCCAUCGAUUUCCAACCAUUCUAACUUUGACCGUGAAGGCAAAGUAUCGGCAUCGGAGGUAGUUCAACUAAAAGCCGAGAUAUGGACGCUCAGAAAUGCCCUCUCGGACUCCACUGACAUGAACAACAACAUGCAGGAUGCCAUCACGCAAGCGGUGGCAGAGAAAUACGCGCUGCUCGAUGAGCUGCAACGGGCGAAGAACGACGUUGCCUUGCUGGAAACGGAACGCCGGGAGGAACGUAAUCUGUACUGCCAGGAAAAAGAUAAAUUUCUACAGGAAAUUGCAUCCUAUCGGGUGAAAAUCAACGAGCUGUCCUUUUUGGUGGAUGAAAUUUCCCAGCAAAAUAUUGAUUUGAAACAGUCACUUUAUGAGGCAAACGAUACGGUUUAUAGAAUAGGUCGAAAAUAUAUAAAAAUAAAAUCACUCAGUUGAAAAAAAAUGUGUGCAAUC